UGAUUUCAACACUGCUUUCAGAGUGGCACGGAGAAAGAGAGAGAGAGAGAGAGAGAGAGAGAGAGAGCUCAAGACAAAGACAACCACUCGCUCUUCACGCCCUUCACUGUGCUCAUCGGAGAAUGCAACAAGAUUUCACAACAAUUCAAACGGAUCAGGAUCAGCACACAACAACACAAACCCAUUUCAUUUCUGGAAACUGUUCUCGGUAGACCCAAUAAUUGAAGCUAGUUAAGUGCAGGGUUUUCCACUUUCUGGGUAGACAACAAUUUUCCGGGUUUGUUGUUUGUUCAACUAAAUCUUUCUUUUUUAGUUCCUCCGAUCAAUUUGGAAUCGUGGGUAUGCAGUGAAUUCUGCAAAUUUAUAGAUAAAAUUCGAAAGCUCGUUUUUUGCUUGUUUUGUAUUGGAUCAGUAUGUUACCUGAACCAUGUGAUUCAAGCACGCUUCUGUUUCUUCCUGAUGAUGUAUUUGCCAUAGUUUCUCAGUUCCUAUCACCGAGGGAUGUGUGUAAUUUAGCUCUAUGCUGCAAGAGUUUGAACACUCUUGUAGCCUCUGAGAAAAUCUGGUUAACUCAAUGUGAAGUUCUGGGCAUAGUGCCCCAUAAGGAUCUUGUUGAGUGGAGAAAGGGUGUGUUGUCUUACAAGGCACUUUGUCGAUUUUUGUUGAGUGUUCAGCCUUUGAUUGGAAUAUGGGUUCAUCAGAAUCCUGAGCUGGGGAACGUGGUGUAUGUUAUGCCUGGUUUUGUUUCUGUUGUUGGUUGUAGGAUUAUUCCUCAGGAGCUUGGUCCAUUGGGGGUUGAAGAUGGUCCAAUCCUGUGGGCAUCUGUGUUUGAAGUUAUUUGUGAUUUCGAUGGUUCGACUAUGUUUUUCCUCCAUGGAAGGGAGAAGGGGGUUGAUUAUGUGUAUCCUGGUUCGGUUGAGUCUAUUGACAGAUCUUGCAAUGUGCUAUUGCUUGAGGUUGAACCUAGUGGACAUAAAAAAGUUAGUUCUUUGUUGCAAAGUAAAAGCUUCGCACACCAAUCGGGCGUGGAGGUAUCGGCGAAGGUUUGCAGGUCUAGCAGUGAUAUUUCUGGGUCAAAAAGGGUGGGUGGAAAUAGUGAGGCAACAGUUACCUUCAGCAAGCUAGCUUUUUUUGAUAGAAGAAGGUUGCUUGAGGUUACUACUAGCAAUGUUAGAAAGACGGUUCCUGAUAAGGUGACUGGGCCCUUGUUUCCUAGGUUAAGGGAUGAUGAAGAAAACUUUCAGAAAGAUUUGGUGCUCUUGUGGGAAAGAAGAUCUUCCCUUUGUCAAAUGUACAAGCUUGGUAAUGGUCAGAUUGAUUAUAAGGCUAGUUCUCAAGAAGCAGCUGGUCCAAAAAAACCAGAGAUGGAUGAUAUCAGGCCGAGUCUUGACGGUUCUAGUGCUGUGCCUAAUUCGCUGCCUGAGGAGGAUGGUCUCACACAAUGCAUCAAGAAAAAAAGUCUUCGCGGAUACGUCUGGAAUAGCUUUAAGCAGAUACUUGGAAGAUCAAAUUCAAGUAAGGGCAGUCAUCAAGUUUCCAAGAAGCUUACUUCAAGCAGUGAGAUUAGGCAUGCACGGCUUCAAGAGUUUCUUAGACCGAGUAACAUAAUAAGACUGUCAUUAAAUGCCUCAACUGUGAAGCUAUCUUCUUAUCGAGCAUGGCCGAAUAUGCAUGACAGUCGAUUUGCACUUUACAAGUUGCCUUUACGAGUUGCCAGAGCUGACCAAGAAUUUGCAGGUUUAUGGGGAGGGACUUUUGGUUGGCCUCCAGGAAAGCCUUCUGAAGACAAGCCUGGAAAGGCUUUAUUCUUUCUUCUGCUCUCCUAUGAGGAGUUCCAAGGACAACAGCUUCUCAUUGGAACAAAAAUAUUGGAAGGCACCCACUAUGUCUUGCAUCCUAAUGGUUCAGCAAUGUUUAUAGUGAAUAUCAAUGAUCCGUCAUCUGAACCCUUUCCUUGGGACACUGAUGCGGACUCAUAUCCAGUGAAUAUUGAGCACUCAUUCGUGGGUGAGGGUAUUGCAAGUGGUUAUGGGUUCAGAUACCCAGGAUCAAAGCCUGGUUCCCUCUUUGUUUUUCAAAAUGGUGUUAUUGCCUUCACUUGGAAGGAGUCAAGGGCUGUUUUGACCUUGCAAAGACUUAACCUGCAAGAACUUCUGAAGAAGGGUGAAAGGAUACCUUCUCUGCCACCGGUGGCCAAUUUUUCAUAUCUGACAAAGUCCUACUCAAAUGUGUUUGCUGGCUUCCCUAGCUCUUCCAAUUGUUAUUCACCAAGGAAAGGAUAAUACUAUUACUAGUAUACUGGUGGGCCUAGGACUCAAAGGUUUUUGUGCCCCCAAGAUUACUAUGGUUUGACAAAGAUGCUUUAAGCUUCCUAGCAGCGGUUGCUGGUUGCUGGUUGCUGGAGUUGCAUUACCUCUGGCUGUUCCAGAAUACAGCCUCCUUCUGUCUCUGUCAACCAAUAUAUGAUCAAUUACUUUCGUUAUGAAUUAUCAUCUUAUCUUCUACAGGUAUAUCAAGCUGUUUGUUGCUGUAGUAUAUGUGGGAAAAAGCAUAGAUUAAGGUUCCCAAUGAAAUUUACAUUUGAUAUAUAAAUUGGCAUGAUCCCUUGUGUGCCAGACAGAUUAUAUUUCCUUGAUGUAAACACAUUCAUGGUUACAUGUAACAUCACCAUGCAAUCAAAAUUUGACCACUCUGUCUAUGUUUGAGGAAA